AUGGUAAAAGUUUCCAACAUCAGCAAGCUACCAGUGUUUAUAGGUUGUUCUCUCAACGGCUCCACUGCCAAAAGCAGUCAGGUGACUGCAGGAGCCACAGGUAGUGUUACUAGAGCCAAACAUUGUUGCCUCAAAAAACUCUUCACUCUGUUCGUCUUUUCUCCCCUUGCUCCAGAGCUCCCUGAGAACUGGACUGACACUAGAGAGACUCUUCUGGAGGGAAUGACCUUUAACCUUCGGCAUCUGGGCAUGACUCUGGUGGACCAACCCAAAGGCGAGGAGCUCUCAGCCGCUGCUGUCAAGAGGAUUGUUGCCACGGCCAAAGCCAGUGGGAAGAAACUGCCUAAAGUGGCCCUGAAAGUGUCUCCUCAGGGAAUCGUCCUGUGUGACAGUGUGUCCAACCAACUGAUCGAGAACAUUUCCAUAUACAGGAUAUCAUACUGCACAGCUGACAAGAUGCAUGACAAAGUGUUUGCUUUCAUCGCCCAGAACCAGCAGAAUGAGACGCUGGAGUGCCACGCAUUCCUCUGUGCCAAACGGAAAGUGGCCCAGGCGGUCACACUCACGGUGGCUCAGGCCUUCAGAGUGGCCUUCGAGUUCUGGGAGGUUGCCAAAGAAGAGAGAGAGAACCGUGAGAAAUGGGAUUCAGCUGGAGAGACGACCAACAGUUCACAGUCAGAGAGAUCGGUCAGCCUGAACAGCCUUAAAGUAGGAGCAGUAGCUACAGAGAACCUGUUGGACAUUGAUGAUUACUCAUCUGCUGUGGAAAAUGUGGACAAUCCUCCCGAACCCAACAACAACAGCACCACCCUAUGGGAGAUGGAUGAUGGUCUGGAAGAGGCUUUUUCAAGACUCGCUGAGUCUCGUACUAACCCCCAGGUCCUGGACAUUGGGGUGAGGCCUCAGGACUGGAACUCUGAGACCGAUUGGGACAAGACCAACGGAAACGCACCAAACGCCGAUGAGCUCUUCAGUCUCUGAGCACAGAUAAGUUUGUGGGAGGAAGUAGAUCCAGGAACCUCAUGCAGGAGUCUUCUGCCAGUCGAGAGGGCGGCACACUGGUCCUUCUCGUCCCGAUCAUCUGGUCCAUUACACCAAAGCAAUAGCAGAUGAGUCUAUUUUUGCAACAAAAAAAAACUAUCAAUCUUUUGAUAGGAAAAAAAACUUUUUAUCAAUCAAAUUGUAUACAGAAUAAUGUAUGUAGAUACCAGAGUCAGUAUUGUUUCAUAUAUGUUUAUCAUAUGAAAUGUAACAUUGUGUAUAUUCAGGUGCACUGUGUGGAGUUACUUUAAGGUCUAACGCUGUUGUUUGCUGCUGCUUUGAGAUUCAUUUAUCACCACAAUGCUCUUCAUUAACAAUAACAUGGAAAUCAGCGUUAAAUUGACAGUACAGCUUAUCUUUAGUGUCUUGUGAGGCUUGUGAAUCAUAUUUUGGUAUUUACAUGUUAUUUUUUAUUUAAUCCAGACUGUAUGAUUGUUAUAACACCCAAAGGGGCCAUUUAAUAUUUCUUAAAAAAAAAUCUAAUAAACGUGUUAAAAUUA